UGUUUAUUAUCUCCCGCCCCGCUGGGACAGAGACACGCCCGGGUGCGGGGCGAGCUUACAGCCGCUAAUGGCCGGAAUGACGGACAAUAUUCCUCUGCAGCCGGUACGGCACAAAAAACGCCACGACAACAAACAUAAAAUCGGGUGCUGCCCUUGGUCGAGGUGCUGUGGAUCAGGGGAGUUUCGCCCUCGGACAGUCUGGCUAGGCCACCCUGAGAAGAGGGAACAGCGGUACCCAAAGAAUGUCAUCAAUAACCAAAAAUAUAACUUCUUCACCUUUCUGCCCGGGGUGCUGUUUAACCAGUUCAAGUACUUCUUCAACCUGUACUUCCUGCUGCUGGCCUGCUCUCAGUUUGUGAAUGAGCUCCGACUCGGGCCUCUGUAUACGUACUGGGUUCCACUGGGCUUUGUUUUGAUCAUCACCAUAGUGAGGGAGGCAGUCGAAGAAAUACGAUGUUUUCUGCGGGACAAAGAGGUCAAUUCACAGAUUUAUAGCAAGCUCUGUCCAAGAGGAACCAUGAAGGUGAAAAGCAGUGGCAUCCAGGUCGGAGAUCUCAUCAUCAUUGAAAAGAAUCAACGUGUUCCUGCUGACAUGAUCUUCCUGAGGACCUCUGAAAGGAACGGCUCGUGCUUCCUGAGGACUGACCAGCUGGAUGGAGAAACAGACUGGAAACUGCGCCUCCCAGUGGCCUGCACACAAAGGCUCCCCACUGCAGCAGAUCUUCUGCAGAUCAGGUCGUUUGUGUACGCUGAGGAACCUAAUCUCGACAUCCAUAACUUCGUCGGUACCUUUACCAGGGAGGACGGAGACCCUCCAGUCAACGAGAGCCUGAGUAUCGAGAAUACGCUGUGGGCCAGCACUGUGGUUGCCUCAGGGACAGUGAUAGGGGUUGUGAUUUACACCGGGAGAGAACUUCGCAGUGUUAUGAACACGUCCAAUCCAAGAAAUAAGAUCGGCCUUUUUGACCUGGAAGUAAACUGCUUGACCAAAAUUCUGUUCGGAGCCCUAGUGGUGGUGUCUCUGGUCAUGGUGGCUCUGCAGCACUUCGCCGGUCUCUGGUACCUUCAGAUCUUCCGCUUCCUGUUGCUCUUUUCCAACAUUGUGCCCAUCAGUUUGCGUGUGAACCUGGACAUGGGCAAGAUGGUGUUCAGCUGGAUGAUCAAGAAAGAUUCAAAAAUCCCUGGAACCGUGGUUCGAGCCAGCACCAUCCCAGAGCAGCUCGGACGGAUCUCAUAUCUCCUCACUGAUAAGACAGGGACUCUGACGCAGAAUGAGAUGGUGUUCAGGCGUCUUCACCUGGGCACCGUGGCGUACGGAAUGGACUCCAUGGAUGAAGUUCAGAGUCAUGUGUUCAGUGCCUACACUCAGCCUCCACAUGACCAGCCAGCGUCCAGAGCCACCACGAAGGUGAGGAAGACGAUCAGUAGCCGAGUGCACGAGGCGGUGAAGGCCAUUGCCCUGGUGCACAACGUGACGCCCGUGUACGAGGGGAACGGCGUGACGGAGCAGGCCGAGGCCGAGCAGCACUACGAGGACACGUGCAGGGUGUAUCAAGCCUCCAGCCCUGACGAGGUGUCCCUGGUCCAGUGGACGGAGAGUAUCGGAUUGACUCUGGUGGGAAGAGAUCAGUCCUCUAUGCAGCUGAGGACCCCUAGUGGUCAAAUCCUGAAUUUCACCAUCCUGCAGCUCUUCCCUUUCACCUAUGAGAGCAAGCGCAUGGGGAUCAUCGUGCGCGAUGAAACGACUGGAGAGAUCACAUUUUAUAUGAAAGGUGCUGAUGUUGUGAUGGCCGGAAUCGUACAGUACAACGACUGGCUGGAAGAGGAGUGCGGGAACAUGGCCCGUGAGGGGCUGCGAGUCCUCGUGGUGGCGAAGAAAUCUCUGACGGAGGAGCAGUAUCAGGAUUUUGAGGCGCGCUACGUCCAGGCCAAGCUGAGCGUCCACGACCGUUCACUGAAGGUCGCCACGGUCCUCGAGAGUCUGGAGAUGGAGAUGGAGCUGCUGUGUCUGACUGGUGUCGAGGACCAGCUCCAGGCUGACGUGAGGCCAACGCUGGAGAUCCUGCGCAACGCUGGCAUUAAAGUUUGGAUGCUGACCGGAGACAAGCUGGAGACGGCUACUUGCACGGCCAAGAAUGCCCACUUGGUGACCCGUAGUCAGGACAUCCACGUCUUUAGGCCUGUGACCACACGCAGCGAGGCCCACCUCGAGCUCAACGCUUUCAGGAGGAAGCACGACUGCGCUCUGGUAAUAUCAGGAGACUCUCUUGAGGUAUGCCUGAAGUAUUACGAGUACGAGUUUAUGGAGCUGGCGUGUCAGUGCCCGGCUGUGGUGUGCUGUCGCUGUGCUCCAACGCAGAAGGCUCAGAUUGUCCGGCUGCUCCAGGAGCGCACGGGGAAACUCACGUGUGCUGUGGGGGACGGAGGAAAUGAUGUCAGCAUGAUCCAGGAAGCUGACUGUGGCGUGGGAGUGGAAGGCAAAGAGGGAAAGCAGGCCUCGCUCGCUGCCGAUUUUUCAGUGACUCAGUUUAAGCACCUGGGCAGACUGCUCAUGGUUCAUGGGCGAAACAGCUACAAGAGAUCUGCUGCCCUCAGUCAGUUUGUCAUCCACAGAAGCCUCUGUAUCAGUACCAUGCAGGCCGUCUUCUCCUCCGUUUUCUACUUCGCAUCAGUUCCUCUCUAUCAAGGCUUUCUCAUCAUCGGCUACUCGACGAUCUACACCAUGUUCCCCGUCUUCUCCCUGGUUUUGGAUAAAGAUGUCAAGUCUGAAGUGGCUAUGCUUUAUCCUGAACUUUACAAGGAUUUACUAAAGGGUCGACCACUUUCCUACAAAACGUUCCUCAUCUGGGUUUUGAUAAGCAUCUACCAAGGCAGCAUCAUCAUGUACGGCGCUCUGCUGCUCUUUGAGUCGGAGUUUGUGCACAUCGUGGCAAUUUCCUUCACCUCACUGAUCUUGACCGAAUUGCUCAUGGUGGCACUAACGGUGCAGACGUGGCACUGGCUCAUGAUCGUGGCCGAGCUCCUGAGUCUGGCUUGCUACAUCGCGUCACUCGUCUUCUUACACGAGUUCAUUGAUGUCUAUUUCAUCACCACGCUGUCGUUCGUUUGGAAGGUGACCGUCAUCACACUGGUCAGCUGCUUGCCCCUGUACAUCCUGAAAUACCUGCGCAGACGCUUCUCACCUCCCAGCUACUCCAAGCUGACCACCUAAAGCUGAUCAACAAGACCUCUGAACACAGACGCGUUACUGGGUUGUGUUUUAUAUUUUUCUUUUUGUUGUUUGUUUGUUGUUGUUUGGGUGAUUCGAGACAUUUGCACAGGCUUUGUUUCACUAGACGCAACAUUAAAGGCAUCAGUUCCCGAUGGUUGUGUCUCAAACGUAAUGCCAUAAAAAAAUCUUCUCAUUUGUGCCAUUUGCAGUCACACUGAAGCUAUGCAGCUGAACUGGGCUCCUAGAGGGCCAUGAAAGCUGAAUCACCAGGGUACAUUCAUGCUUAAUUGCUCGAGUGAGUCACCAGUAAAGGCUGAGGGUUACUGGGGCUACAGUGUGCACUGGAGACUUUGAGAAGUGAAAGAAAUGGAUUUGAAAUGAGUUUAUUUUUAAACGAGGUUGAGAAAGGGAAGAAACCGGUGUGAAUGAGGAAAUUGAUUUGAAAAUGGAUUCAUUUUGUUUGAUUUUUUUUUUUUUUGAAAGGUAUUGUUGUGGAAAGUAUUCCUGAAAGUGAAUAUAAACCUAAAGUUGUUCUGUAUAAGGGUAAGCCGGUGUGUGUGUGUUGAUGCAUACUCGUCACCAGUCCCCUUUAGAGUAGUUGAGCUAUUUUUGAGCAUGUUGUGUCGUCUCAGAUGGUGGUGUUGGUUUUGGGCGUAAUGUUACCCAUGUCUAAAGACCGUGGUGAGCGUAACACCACAGACAAAAUGCUAUUUUAGUGUUUAUCCCUUUUCUGCUCCCUCGAGUCGUGUCCACUCUUGCGGUGACCUCUGUUUUCACACUCAGUGCAUGAAUGAGUCGAUUUCAGGCAGAACACUAACCACUUUUCCCCUGACAGACACUUCUGCUACUCUCACUCAGCUGUCUUUCUAGAACAUUUACACAUCGGGCCAAAUCAGUUUGCGCGUCUUCAGUUCAUGAGAUCAGGUUUGUAGAUGAGCUAAACGAUCUAAUGUAUGUGUGCACUUAAUAUCGAUUGUGUUUCAUUGUGUAGGUUUGUUCUAAUGUCAUUCUGUGUAAGAUAACAACAAUAGUGACCAUCUGCCAUUUGUGCCACUUCAACCAUGUGCCAUAUUGACCACUUCUCAUGCAGGCAGGGGUGCCAAUACUUACAGUUUAGCCAGGGCAUUUAUGAUUUUUGAGCACUCGUAUGUUUGGAGUUUUCAUAUACAUGAACACUACACUUUUUUAACUAAAGCACUGAUCCAGGCAAGAGGAACAUUUUCUCCUCUGAAGAAACAGCAUUCACCGAAGGGGAAAGGAUGAGGGACGUACAAGUCGCGCGUUCGCUCCUAAAAGUGACUAAUUCCGGUUUGCGCCGAAUUUAUGCAGCGUUUGAUUGAGACUUAUAACCAUGACGGCGUAUUAGAGCCAUUGUAGAUUAAAAUAAAACGGAGCUGUGGAGGAGGGGAUAAUAUUCCGAGGGAAAAAACCUCCAGAAAUUCCAAGAUAAAAGUCAUAAAUUUUUACAAGACAAAUGUACAAGAAAACUCAGAUAUUCUCUGAGAUUAUAAAGUCAUAAAUUUGCAAGAGAAAAAAACAACUGAGAAAUUCCAAGAUGAAAAAUUCACAAAUUUAUAAGAAAAAAACCCUCUGAUGUUCACUGAGCGAACAAUCGCAUGCUUCCUGGCUGCAGUGCAUUCUGAGAAAUGGAGUUAAAAUCUCUUUGUGCUUUAUUCUUUUAUAUUAAAUAAUUAAAGAGGAAAGACUGUGUUUCCUGUAACUCUCGGCUCAGUCAUGGCGUCUGGUGUGAGGACAUUGAUCCAAAAUGGCAAAGUGAAGUGAUCUGGAAAACAAACAACAACAAAAAAUGUAGGGUUUUUUUUUUCCUUGUCUCAGAAUUUGAGGGGGGGUUUUUUUUCCCCUCGCAAUUUUAUGACUUUCUUGUAAAUUUAUGACUUUAACCUUGGAAAUUCUGAGUUUUGGAAAUUUAUCUUUUUCUUUCGUUCUUUCCCUCAUUCGUUUGUUCUUUUGUUCUUUCCCUUGUUCAUUUGUUCUUUCCCUCGUUCGUUUGUUUGUUCGUUCUUUCCCUCAUUUGUUUCUUUCCCUUGUUCGUUUGUUGUUUCCCUCAUUCGUUUCUUUCGUUCUUCCCUCGUUUGUUCGUUCUUUUGUUCUUUCCCUUAUUUGUUCUUUCCCUCAUUUGUUUGUUCGUUCGUUCUUUCCCUCAUUUCUUUCCCACAUUUGUCUGUCCUUUCCCUUGUUCAUUUGUUCAUUUGUUCUUUCCCUCGUUCGUUUGUUCUUUUAUUCUUUCCCUCGUUCAUUCGUUCUUUUGUUCUUUCCCUCAUUCAUUCAUCCUUUCGUUUGUUCUUUCCCUCAUUUGUUUGUUUUUUUCUUCCCCUUGUUCUUUUUCUUUCCCUCGUUCUUUCUUACAAUUUUGUCAUAUAUAAGAAAAAAAACUGGAAUUCCUCCUUGGAAAGUCGGAAUGAUCUGCUCAACCCUGAGUUCAGCAGGUGACGUUGAAUCGGCACAUCAGGAAUAACCAAAGUAACAUUUUUUCAUUUGAAGUGAGUUAUGCUCUAUAUACUCGUGUUUCCUUUAGAUCAGAUCUGUUCGCUUGUUCAGUCUCUCACACGGACUCUACAGUUCACUGUUUCUGCGGAGAGAAAUCUACAGUUAGCCUGUGAACAAAAGUUGAUUUUUUUUCUUUCCUACUUCGUAACUUGAACACACAGAGAUCAAAAAUGGCAUUUUUGUGACUUCCCACUUGUGAGUUAAGUCCGAGUUCAGUACAUUUGGUGAACUUUAACAAGCGUGUUCACAAGGCUCAGUUCUGUGAACCAAUAGAAAACCGGAACGCUGUGAGCUCUGAUCCGUUAAAACACCGGAUUUUUCUCACCGCCUGUUCAGAUUAUAUUUUUCCUUAGCAGUGUUGGCACCUCUGCAUGCAAAAUGUUCUCUUGGUCUUCUCAGGACUUCAGGUUGUCCUCCUGGGUGCAAUACAUUUCCAUUCAAGAAGGGAAAACCUACACAUUAAGGGAAAUUUAAACACAAAACACCAUCAUGUUCCACCAACAAUCCUGUGCAAAAAAAAAAAGACAUGCUUAUUGUAAUAAGUAAUCACUGAAUGAAUAAUAAUUCAAACAAAUUAUCGCAAAUAUCAUGAUUUUGCAGCUGAACCUGGAGACCUGGACUAGAUUACAAUGCCAUGUGAUUUCUGUUGCUGUUAUAGUUAUGUUUUGUAAAUGGCCGAACUAAUUUUUUAUUAGUUGAUGAAUUGUGAAUUGCUGUGUUGUAAAUAAAAAAAAAAAAGGAUUUUAUUUAUUAACAUUUCUAAUCUGCGUUGUAAUUUGCACACUGAUAACUGCAGAACAAAAAGGGACACAAUAAUCGACUCUCAGUGGUGUUGAAAUAAUAAACAUGGAGUUUUCUUAUCAUCGA